UUUCUCUCUCUUUCUCUGCUUCUCUCUCGCCAGUUCUCCGUCUCUCAGUCUUUCGAUCUCCUUCUUUCCUACUCACAGUUGCUCUCAAGAUCUGCGUGUGCUUCGUCAACGAUGUAAACAGACUGAUAUUUUUUGGUGAAAAUCUUCGUGUUUCUGCCACGAUUCAUCUUCCCAUGCGAUUGUCCGUUGGUGUUGUUGCUCCGAUCGCGGCCAUGCGUGCACAGAUAUGACUCGCCUAUAGGUGAAAUACGCGCGUAUCAACAAGCAGCGUUUCCUUCGAUGACACUGUCGUUGAUCGGUGACGAUUCCUGGGGCAACAGUUGAACACAUUUGGGGGGGAAAAAGGUACACGGACUUCUCCGAUCGUCUCGAUUUCACCGUUGAUGCUCGUUCCUUCUACGAGGUUAUAGAUAAGAAUUCUCCCGCGCUAUGGGACACGGGUGGGAAAGACGUAGAACGUUGGAUGAGAAAUGAAGUUAAGUGACCUUAAAGUGCGGAGAUCGUGAUUUUAACGAAUGGCUCGAGUUUUUGUUUUGGCGAUUGUGAUGUUAAUUUGCGCAGAAAGAAAUUUUGGAAGAGGAUUUCGAAGGAGUCACCUUUAAUUCUACUGUGCUAUAAUUUCAUUGACAAUUGGUAUCAGUGUGAGCAAAGCGUAAUCCUUGUGCAAGGACAAUGUAGGAACUGUUGGUUGAAAGUGCCAAGUAAUUAUGGACACUCUGGUGAAAAAUUUGAUAGUUAUGCAUUAAGCAUAUUAGGGAUAUGCCUUGUACGAUCAGGAAAGGACUAAAUGAGUGAACAAAAUUAUAAGGAAUGAUAUUCUCUUUGAGUCUAUUGGAUGUUAGAUAAGCUAAAAAAUGUCUGGUGACUCAGGAUGGAAUGCUGUUAUUCACCAUCCUUCAGAAUUAGAAUUACAGAAUUGGAAUUGGGAAGAAAACGAUGGGGAGCAAGAAAGGGAGCUCCCUUCGACUGUUGAUAUGGAUGCUAUAAAAGGUGGUGGUAGUUGGGAUCCGACUACUGAACCUAAUGGAACAGAUUCGGUUGAUUCCGAAGAAGACUCAGAUUCUGACGACGAAAGUUCUGGAGGUACGGAAGGUAGUUGUUCUUAUUCAAAUUCAGAUUCGGAUUCAGACGACGAAAGUAGUGGCGACGAGGAGGAGGAUACAGGAUCCAAUUCGGAUUGUACAUCGGAACACAGCGAGCAAACAUUUUCCAUUCAAAAAACGAAUUUUGAGCCGGGAGCUCUUAAAUUAAAAAUCAGUAUGAAAGGUCCGAAAAAGGAGGAUCUGGAAAAAGAAAAAGGCAGAAGAAGCGUACCGAAAAAAGUUAAAUCGAAUCGCGGAGGAAAGUCGUCUGAAUGCAGCAGUGACGAUUCCGAUUCCUCAGAAAGUCGCUUACCCUCACAACACAUGCAGCAACAACAGCAACAAACGCAGCAAUCUCAGCAACAACAACAAUCUCAACAACAUCCACCACUCCAAGAAAUCAAUCAGGAAGAUCUAGCGGCAAUUUUGCCGGAUCAAGAACACGAAGAUGCUCCGUUUGAUGGAUUUGAAGAUUCAGAGAGCGGUCGGUUAGUAUCGAAAGCUAUCGAGCGGAUGUCGCUCGGUGCAGAUUCAGAUACAAGCGAGAAUGGUGAUCAGAAUCCUGUACCUGUGUAUAGUUCCACUUUAUUGCAACAAUUUGUUGAAAAGACGGCUCUGUUAUCAGAACCAAGGAAAAGGCGGAGUAAGUUAGGAAAAAAAUUGAACGAUUCGGAGUAUCCUUGCGUUUCGAAUGUGUCUCCGGACUCGGGAAUUCAAUCGGUGGAUAACAGCCCGCUGCAUUUGGCAAUCAGCCCUGUGAGUCCUCCAGCACCGACACAAUCGCCAGUGCAACCCGUUAUCACAAAGCCAGCGGUAAACGUAGAUCGCGUUUUAUAUCCACCUAAACGAAAACCCGGUAGGCCGGCGAAAACAGUUUCCACGCAGCCUCGUGGCCCAGGUAGGCCAAGGUUGAAACCUGAGAUUGUAGAAAAGAUUGAAAAAAUAGAAAAGACGGAGAAAACAGCGAAAAAUGAGAGAACUGAGAAGAAAGAAUCCGCUCCACAACCAACAAAAGUCACAAAGGAAGAACCUCCUAAAAGAGGGAAAGCAAAAUCUGCGCCACAGAAAGCUGCUGCAUCUCGGGCAGACAAAGACGAAGAAAAUAAUUCGGCUAAAAAGUUGAAGGAGAAACCAGCUUGUCAAAAGAAACGAAGUUGUAACGUUGCCAAACAGUGUAUACAAACGAAGAUCACUGGAAAGAGGAAUAAUACUGGUUCCCCAGCGCGUAUUAAGUGCCUAAGUAGAACUGUUACGAAUAAGUACGGGAAGGAAGGAGUACAAUGCAAUGGUGGAACGUGUAAGAAAAUGGGAAAGGAUAAGUCCGGACCAGGGAACAAGACAACUUCGUUACGGCGACAAAAGCAAUCGACUUGCGAGCGAGUUUCGAACGAUAGGAAAGUAAUCAAUUCGAAUAAAAAGAGUCUGAAGGAGAAUAGGAGCAAUACCGUUCCUUUAGCUAAGCGACAAGCAUCGUUGAAGAAAAACGUCGCGCCGGUUACGCGACGUGUGUUGAAAGAAAAUAAAAGUAGUAAGAAAGCAGGCGCUGGAUUCGAAACGAAUGGCGUUGGUGUUCAAACUCUGAUAUCUUUGCCCGUUGGUGAGGUACUAAAGGCCGAGAAAGUUGAAAAUGUAACCAAUAAAUGCGACAAAGCGACGCAACCUAUACACAAUCAUUGUCACAAACAUCAUCAUCACAAGCAUCGGAGACGAUUACUAUUGCCACCUAAAAAUCCUAUACGUAUACAUCCAUGCCUCAUACAAGAGUUAGAAAAAUUGAUCGAUGAAUUUUCCAGAUUGUGCAGCUUAGGUAGGAACAAUUCAAGCUCCGGGUAUUCCGAGUUACCCCAGAUUUUUCGCGUGAAGAAACUAACGAAAAAGAGGAAAGGAGGCGAUGUUACCGCGAACGAUGAUCAAAAAUUAAAAAGACGUCUCAAGAAAGAGAAGAUACUGUCCGGAACGGAUUCGAAGAACAGUAUGAAUGCGAAUGCGAACUCGAAUCCAAAUGAGCAAAGGUUACCAUUAAAAAAGAGACAUUAUCAUGUAUCCAGCCCUCAUAGUUCACAAAGUUCAAAUGCAAGCGGCACUGACGUGGCUGUCAACGAAGCGAACUCUACCGAGAGUCACAUCGAAGAAGCAAUCGAAGCUACUAUAACGAGAUACGGAGGUAGCUCUGCAUUCUCCUUCCAAGAAGAUUCCGUACCUGUUACUCCUAAGAAAAGACACAGGGAUACCGAAGCUGGAAGCCCUGACAAAUCAAGCGCAGCGUCUUCCGAUUUGUUGGAAGAGAAACCGUUGAGUCAGAUAGAAGUACAACCGCGUCGUAAAAAGAAAAUCGUCAAAGAUCUUCGCGUGACAGUUACAAAAUUACCUGUCGAGAGUCAUGGCGCAUUGGAAAAAGCCGAGAAGACAGAUAAGGCUGAGAAAGCUGAUAGCAAAGCUGAAAAGUCUGAGAAAUCCUCGAGUGAUUCCAGAAAUCUGAAAAGUCGCGCGGAAAAGAGCAGUAGGGGUGAGAAAGUGGCUACAGAGAAAUUAAUAAAAAACGAUAAAAGUCAAGCAGAUAAGAUUGAGAAAAGAGAUAUAUCGCCGGAUCAUGUACGCUUGGAGAAGAAUAUAAAGAUCGACGCGGCAGAAUUUAACGCAGUGGAGAGUUUUGACGAUAAUGAAGCAGCGAACGAGACUAAACCGUCACAAAAUAGUCUCAAUCCAAAUGUUCCAAAUCCGUUGAAUUCCGCUGCUGUAUUGGUUUUGACCAAGAAGAAGAUGAGACGGCGUAAAGCUAUAAAUCGUACAGGCUUCCCGACGUUAAAGAAGAAAAAAAAGAGAUCCUUGAACGCAAACGAGACGUCGACAGAUACAUCGAGAACCGUAGCUUCGACCAACGAAGAUGGCACCGAAGCUGACGGCGAGAGUUCAACGAAAGAAGGAAUCGAAGAUUCAGUAGUGGAUAGCAAAACGAGCGUAUUGAACAACACUGAAAUACAAGAUGCAUUUACCGAAGAGUCUUCUACUAAGCAGAGCAAUAACAAUCUUGUGCAAAAUCGCGUUCAAUCGAAAGCUGAUCCGACUCCAAAUCCAGAUCCUAAUUCACCAAAGUCAGAGACGAAUGGUCACGUUCGUUCUGACGAAACUGUUGAACCUCGAUCUGGCCAGUUAAGAGUCCGUAAGGAUCUGGUAGAAAUAGACAACGACAAUGCAUUGAGCAAAUUAUGCCCCGUUAAAUUUGAGAAGAUACAGGAUUCAAGAUCGUAUGACGAAAAUGCAUCCUUGGAAGAGUCCCUCGAGAGAUUCACUGCGAAUCAACGCGUUGCUGAAUUAAGCGAAGAGAAUGUAAAGAGACUUGAACGCUCAAACUCUCAAACAAACAUCAAAACAGAACAUUCGAGCUCCUUUAAUGGUAAUCAGAAGAAACGACGAGGUUCCUCGAGCCCCUGUAAUUUGAUUCCUAGGAAUAUGAAGAGACUGCGUAGCUCUGGUUAUGAUACGGAAAAUGACAUUCUACCUAGUAAUGACAUUCUCAACGAUGAUCACGAGGUGGGGAAACACUCGAGUUCGACGCAUACGAGAAAGAAGCAAUCUCGGUGGAAGAAACGUUACUUACAGGGAGGCAUUUUGCAAGAAUAUGGCAAAGACUUUGAAGGGAAAACGCGUAGUAGCAUCGAAAGUAGUAAUGCCAUUGGAAGGAAUAAGGUUAUAUGCGAAACAAAUGAAUCUCCAUCUGCUGCGUUAUUAUCCGCUACGUAUCAAUGUGGCAAGCUUUUACGACAAAGAAAAAUGCCGUUUCAGUUACCAUAUGAUUUAUGGUGGCUACAUACACAAUCUAGACUACCUGGCAGAGAAUCAGUUCCAUCAUGGAAUUACAAAAAAAUUCGUACUAACGUAUAUUACGAUGUCAAGCCCACUACACUUUACGAAGCGCAAGCUUGCGAAUGUAAACCAGAAAGUGGUUGCGGAGAUGAUUGUAUAAAUCGCAUGGUUUUCAGCGAAUGUUCUCCACAGCUUUGUCCCUGUGGUGAUAAGUGUGAAAAUCAGAAAAUACAGAAACAUGAAUGGGCACCGGGUUUACAAAAAUUCAUGACAGAGGACAAAGGUUGGGGUGUGAGGACUCAACAGGCCAUCAAGUCUGGUGUCUUUAUCCUUGAAUAUGUUGGAGAAGUGGUGUCUGAAAGAGAAUUCAAAUCAAGAAUGGCGACCAGGUAUGCUAAUGACACACAUCACUAUUGUCUGCAUCUUGAUGGAGGUUUGGUAAUUGAUGGUCAUCGUAUGGGUGGUGAUGGAAGAUUCGUAAACCAUUCUUGUGAGCCUAAUUGCGAAAUGCAAAAGUGGAGCGUUCACGGUCUUCCGCGAAUGGCGUUGUUCGCUUCUAGAGACAUUAAACCAGGAGAAGAACUGACAUAUGAUUAUAACUUUGCACUUUUUAAUCCAUCUGAGGGACAAGAAUGCAGAUGCGGUAGUAGUGCUUGUAGAGGAGUGAUUGGUGGAAAGAGUCAAAGAGUCUCAAAAAGCAUUACUUCCAUUCCAUCGCAAUUAGAACCCACAGAGAGGCGGUCGGUUGGAAGACCGAGGAAGAAUGUAAGAAAAUCUAAUACGGUGCAGUCUGUGAACUCGAAAGGCAUUUGUAAAUCUCGAAAAGUUGGCGAUUCCAGUUUGAUUCAUGCGCCUGUGCUAAAACCUAUGUCCCAUCAACAACGAUGCUUUGCUCAGCAACAUCAUUGCUUCUUGUUAAGAAAUUUAGAAAAAGUCAGACGAGUUAAAUUGUUGAUAAAUCAAGUACAAAUGCAAAAUGGCAAAGUGAAAUGCGGUAACGCGAUAAAUAUAAAAGAAAAAAGUUCAGGAGACGCUAAAAUUCAAUCUGACGCAUUCUUCUCACAAUUAACUGCUUUGACUAAUACAAAUACCCGAACCGUACGAACUCGACGUUUAGCUCAAGCUCAAGAUGAUCCAGAAGUGCAUAAAACUGCAAAAUUGGCCAAGGUAUUGAAAGAUUUAUACAGUAUCGUAGCAACUGCAAAAGAUGAAAAUGGACAAUUAUUGUGUACGCCAUUCAUCACAUUACCUUCAAAGAGGAAGUUACCUGAUUAUUAUGAAAAAAUAUCAGAUCCUAUAGAUUUGACAACUAUCGAUCAGUGUAUUGGUACAGGUCACUAUAAAACUGCAGAGCAUUUUGAUCAUGAUAUGAUUAAACUUUUUGACAACAAUGUAAGAUUUUUUGGGAGAACCUCGGAAAUGGGUAUUGCCGCAGCUAGGCUUAGAAAGUUAUACUUAGGAAGCAAGCCCGAUUUCGUGGAUGCAAUAACUGAAGCAGUGGGUUGUCCUCCAUCUCAAGGCUUUUUACCUCCUCGUGGUUCAACUGCAGGCGAAGAAGAUGUUAUUAGGUGUAUUUGUGGUUUGCAUAGGGAUGAAGGCUUAAUGAUUCAGUGUGAACGUUGUCUCGUGUGGCAACAUUGUGAUUGUGUUAAAGCUGACACUACCAUAGAGUCUUAUUUAUGCGAGAGGUGUCAUCCACGCCCUGUUGAUUUGGAAAUUCCAUUAGAAGGUGAUGAGGAAGAAGAAGGCAAAAAGCAUUAUGUUACCUUGAUGCGUGGUGAUUUACAACUUAGACAGGGAGACACAGUAUACGUAUUAAGAGAUACACUUGAAAAGCAUACAUAUAAAACCAUUCAAAAACCUGAUUAUGAGCAAAUGGACAUCUUUAGAAUCGAGAGACUUUGGAAAAAUGCGGAAGGUGAAAGAUUCGUAUUUGGUCAUCAUUAUUUGAGACCACACGAAACGUAUCACGAACCAACCAGAAAGUUCUAUGAGAAUGAAGUCGUAUGUGCACCACUUUAUGAAGCCGUUCCAUGCGAUUUGGUUGCUGAGCGCUGUUGGGUUCUCGAUCCUCAUACGUAUUGUAAAGGACGGCCAGUUGGUUCUACACCAGAGCAUACUUACGUUUGUGAGUAUCGCGUCGAUCGUGCAGCACGAUUAUUUACAAAAGUUGCCAGAGCUAGACAUCAGGUUUGCACAAAACCUUAUGCAUUCGAAACGUUUCCACAACGCAUUAAGCAUUAUCGUACAUAUUUGCCGCAUAGUCUUGAAGGAAUUCAAAUUGGAGGUAAGAUGAAUAAAGAGAAAAAGAAGGGUAACAAUCAAGAUGUUGAUAAUAAUCAUAAGUCCGAAUCAAGUGAAAAUACAAAAACGCACAUCAAGGAUCAACAAAAAUCUUCUAUGAGUAAAAGUAGACGAAAAUCAAAUGAAAUUUUAUCCAUUGUUACACCUACAACAUCGUAUGCUCAGAGAGAAGAACAAAGAAGAAGAUUGAACAAUAUUUUAAUCGCUUUAUUACAAAAAAUGCCGAAUAAAAAGGAUCCUUUGGAUUUAUCAUUUUUAUUAGAGAGAAACAGACGAAAUCGUAAGAGGCCAGGUGGAUUAAAUCCGUGACAUUGGAUUAUACAUGAUCGAUAAUAAGAAACUAUCUAUACAUAUAUGUGUUGUGUGUGUAUGAUAUCUAGAAUAGACAGAUGCACGCACACACACAUAUAGGUACCACAGAGGUAAUAGAUGCCACUCCUAAUUUCUAUUGCAGUCAAAUCUGUAAUGAGGGUGGUUGAUCGAUCGAUUUUUUCAUUUCGCUAUACGUAAUCGAUAUCAUCUAAUCUGUUUCGUAAGGAAAACGGUACAUAAUGCGUUUUCUUCUUCUUCUUAUACUAUGACCCGUCCAUUCGUAUAAUUUAAUCUUAAACACGAAGGCAUCCUCCUCUCUAAGGACAUUGUAUCGGUCGAGAUUUUUUUAUAUGGUUUUUGUUGUUUUUUAUAUGCUCAAAACUAUAGAAAAUUGUCUAUUGUCUUUUGGCAUCGUUUUGGUAUUUUAAACUAUCUUCUUCGCUCACGUUGGAAGUUAUUAAAAUGGGGAAAUUGAUAAAUUCGAAUAGAAUGGUGAGGAAAUGUUCGAUACCUUCUUUCUUUUGGAAUAUUCCAAAUGUUGUGUUCUAUAAAAUUUCUAAAAAUUUCAAUCGUAUAAAAAGUACAAUUUGUUUUCAUAAAAUGAAUCGACUCGAGUUGAGAAAAUUAAAUCCCGUACGUGGAAGAAUAUGUCUGAAUCUAACGAGAGCUAUUAUUUCCAAUAUAAUUCUAAUAUGAUUAGAAUUGCAAAAUUGUAAAAAAGUAAUUUGUAAAUUUCUUUCAUAGUGAAUAUACUUAAGUGUACAAAUUAUAUAUUACUCGGGAUUGAGGAAAAUGACAACAGCACACAAGAGAACGCUGAAAUAAGAAAAAUCGAAUACAUGCGCGAGGCUUUAUUGCACAAAAGUACCAUUAUAUUUUUCAUAAUCCCAGUGUUAUUUGAAUUAAGUGUAAUAUAUAGGUUUUUAAAUUAAUAGAUAAAACUUUACUAACAUAUAUAAAUAUAUAAAUAUAUAAAUAUUUAAUUUAUUAAUUAUUGCGAUGGAAUAUAGCUAGUUGUUGCUAUAACGACGAAUAUACGCAGGAUUUCGUAUUUAUUAUUACAUUAUACAAUUAGUAAAUACAUAUUAUUAAAAGCUAUUUAAUAUGUAUAAGUCUCAUUUAUAUCAUAUGUUUCUACGUUUUUGCACAGAUGUCCGAGACAUUUUUAUUAAAUGAAAAUUAUAUAUUAUAUCCUAUUUUGUUUUCGGUGUAAGUUGGAAGUAUACCAACGUAGUAUAAUCAUACCACAAAAUCAUGUAAUGGAUCUUUUGUAGCAUGACAAAAGGGGGUGCCUAUCUUUAUACUAAGUAGAAGUUAGUGAAUUGAGAGUAGGAUUUUAAAUUUGUUUAUUCUUUCGAAGGAUUUUGUGAAUGAUUUUUAUGAGUGAAAAAUUUUGUACUAUGUUUCUUUAUACAAAAUCAAUGUAAAUCGUUUUUUUCUUAUGCAGAAACGAGAUUAAUAGUACAAUGAAUGUCUCGAAUAAAAGCAUAUUAUUUUUUU